AAAAUAAAAAAUAAUAAAAAAAAAACGUUUCUUCUCAGUUUUUCAGUAUUUCGAUCCAGAAUAGAAUAAAUUCAAGAUUCCAUUUUUAUUAAAUCGUCUACAGUUUCAUAAAGUAUAUGGUAAAACUGAAAGAAGACUCGUUGUUCCCAGAGAGAGAGAGAUAAUUAGACACACAUUCGCUAAAUCCAAGGUUCAUCAAGAAUAGAGAGCCAAAUUUUUUCGACUUUUCCUAUAAUAAAAUUGAACAUUGAAUAAAAGAUGUCAGGCGAUAUCACCCAUAGGAAGCUGAAUGAAACUUAUACGUUCAAUACCCCACCUGCAGAUGCUCCCAUUGAAGUCUUAAAUGAGUUUUACUGGACGAAAGAUCUCGAACCUCACGUUAAGAGGAGAAAAUUAAUCUUAGCAAAAUAUCCAGAAGUUAGAAAGUUAACAGGAUAUGAAACUAAAACCAAAUGGUAUGUUAUGGGGGUUGUUGCAUUACAAGUGGCAGUAGCAUAUUACUUGAGAAACGUUCAUCCUUUUACUUUUAAAUUCAUAGCUUUAGCCUACGUUAUUGGUGCAACUGCAAAUCAAGCCAUUUUUUUGGCAAUUCAUGAACUUUCCCAUAACUUACUCUUUAAAAAACCAAUUCAUAACAAGUUAUUUGCAAUCUUUACUAACAUUCCAAUCGGAAUUCCUUACUCUGCCUCAUUUCAACCUUAUCAUCAAUUGCAUCAUAAAUUUAUGGGAGAUGAAAACUUAGACACUGAUUUACCAACAAAAUUUGAAGGUAUAAUAUUAUCAAACUUAUUGGGUAAAGUAUUCUUUGCUUGUUGCCAAAUCUUCUUUUAUGCCUUGAGACCAAUGUUUAUUACUCAAAUUAGAUUCACCUAUAUACAUUUACUUAACAUCAUCUUCCAAGUCUUUAUAGAUAUCAUUUUAGUUAAAAACUUUGGUUGGUAUUCUUUCUUCUAUUUCGUUAUGUCAUCGUUCUUAGCAGGUUCUUUACAUCCAUGUGCUGGUCACUUUAUAGCCGAACAUUAUGUUUUGAAUGAGAACAAUAAGCCAAGACAGAGUAACGAUAAAGAUGGUAACAUUUCUCCGGAUUUAUUACCACCUGAAACUUAUUCCUAUUACGGAUCUUUGAAUUUAGUCACUUGGAAUGUUGGAUAUCAUAAUGAACACCAUGACUUUCCUUAUAUUGCUUGGACUAAAUUACCUGAGUUGAGAAAAAUUGCUGCCGAAUUUUAUGAUCCUUUACCUCAAGUUAAUUCUUGGUGUGGAGUCAUUUGGUGGUUUAUAUUUAAUGAUAUAAAUACUUUAUGGAAUAGAGUGAAAAGAACCGGAAAGGAAAAGCAUGGUCAUAAAAUUGAUAAUUUGGAUCAAAAUCAAAAUUGA